UGGCUUGUUUCAUUUUAUGAAUGAGUAGGUUUGGCUUCAGAAGGACUAUCUAGACAUGACAUCACUCCAUCGUUCUCAAGAGCUCAGACUAACUUACUAACUGAUAUUAGAGAAGGAAGGACUGAAACUGUUGAUACUUGGCCUAAACAACAACUACUGAAAACACAUGGUACUUUCAUGACUGUUGCAUGGCUAGCAUUAGCUAUGUCGGGUGCCUUCUUUGCUGCCUGGAUGAAACCAGUACUGCCUAAUGGAGAAUGGUUCAUAGCUCAUCGGAUACUAAUGGCUGGAUCACUCAUUGUUGGUCUACUAGGAUUCAUACUACCAUUCGUUGCACAUGCUAGGAGUCCUACCCCUGGAAUUAUUAGCUUCUCAUCUGAUGGUAAGAACACAGCUCAUUUUGUUAUUGGAAUCAUCAUAAUGUGCUUACACAUUGCUAAUCCUAUUAUUGCUGUUUUUCGCUGUAAUCCAAAAGGAGAAAAACGUUGGAUCUUUAACCUCUCUCAUGCCCACAUCAUUGGCUAUGCACUACUGGUCCUGUCCUUUAUUAAUAUUGCACUUGGAGCCCACCUUCUUGAUAGAGGCAGCUUUGAAAUAGCUGGUUUCUACAUUGUCUUCAUUAUCCUCCUCACAUUGUUCCAAGUGUUCCUAUUCAUCAUUCAUGCUUAUAAUGCACGCAAAGCUCCAGAGAAAGGUAAUCAUUAUCUAAUGUGCAUAUAUAUUUGCUAUUAUUAUUAUUUAUUAUAGU